GCCGAGGGAAGGGAGCCUGGCAUUUGCCGUCGUCCAUUCGAUCCGAGUACUGAAAGCGUACGAUAGCUCCACUCCGCUGCCUUCGCCCGCCUGACAUGUUAUAUAUUUCGAAUUUUCAACAAAAAGUCUGGAUAUAUUUUUCUACCUAAAAGCCGAAGUGCCCAAGCAGGCCGGUCCUCGAACUAAAUUACAGCAGCAACUCCGGACGAGAAGAGGACCAGACCCGACCCGAGUCCCCCGCUUAACAAAAAAUCCAUUUUUCGAGACAAAAAAUCCUAAAAUAUUGAACUUUUGACACUUUUUGGUCCGAGCUGCUGCCGGCUCCCUGCCAUACGAUACGAUAUAUAUGGAACAGAUUCAGCUCGGCGAGAAGCUCAACAUCCCGAGGAGCGACGGACGCGUGCACCCCGCUGUCUGCACGGCCAAGGACCUGGAGCUGGACUCGAUCACGAGCGAAUGGACGGAGGGCGCCAUUGUUAAGGGAAAGCAGGUGCCCGUUCGCGAGCUAGUCGAGUUCAACCACCAGAUCUUCCAGGGCGAGAACUGUGAUCCGUCUCCGUCUCCUGCUCCGGCCAUCUGUCCACCGGCGUCGAACACCAACAUGGCCGCCAGUCCCUCGCCGAGUGCGGCGGGCUCUCUGAUUCCCCGGCCGCGGGAGGGCAGCCCCACGGAGGGGCCACCGGACUCCUAUCGCAGGUCCCUGACCGGGAAUCCUUACUCCGAGCGCUUGCGGGUUGUGGAUCUCCGGGCAGCGCCCAGCAAGAUCGCCACUCCCAGUGGCCUGCCGCCCCCGCAGGGCAGACGCUCGCAGAUUGCUCCCCCGACGACCCGGGGAAGGGCCUCGGCUGGGGGAGGUGCUGGUGGUGGGGCCUCCACGGCCCGGGCCUCGCUGGCCCGCAACAUCAAUGCCGGAUGCAGUCCUCAGCAAGCUCAGGCCAAGUCCAACAUACGCUGUUCCAGUGUGGUCCGGGAGGUGGAGCGCCUGAAGGAGCAACGGGAGCAGCGCCGGGCCCGCCAGGCCGAGGUGCGCCUCCAGAAGACCGCCCUGCGGCGCCAGGACCCGGGCAACCCCAACUGGGAGGUGUCCGUCAUGCUGCGCAAGUACCGGGAGUCCAUUAGCUUCAGUCCGCUGCGCAGCCUCGACCCCAACGGCGCCGCCGUCCAGCAGAUCACGGUGUGCGUGCGGAAGCGGCCGAUGAGCCGGCGGGAGCUGAAGAUGAAGAACGUGGACAUCAUCACGGUGCCCACCCACGACUCGCUCAUCGUGCACGAGUUCCGCCACAAGGUGGACCUGACCAAGUUCCUGGAGCACCACCGCUUCCGCUUCGACUACACCUUCGACGAGCAGUGCUCCAACGCCCUGGUGUACGACCACACGGCCCGGCCCCUGAUCCGGACCAUGUUCGAGGGCGGCAACGCCACCUGCUUCGCCUACGGCCAGACCGGCAGCGGUAAGACCCACACCAUGGGAGGCGAGUUCUGCGGCAAGGUGCAGGACUGCCGGGGCGGCAUCUACGCCAUGGCCGCCCGGGACGUGUUCGAGGAGGUGUCGCGACCGGAGUACCGCCAGAUGGGCGCCAAGAUCACGUGCAGCUUCUUCGAGAUCUACGGCUCGAAGGUUUUCGAUCUCCUGCACCCGGAGAAGCCCCUGCUCCGGGUCCUGGAGGACGGCCGCCAGCAGGUGGUGGUGGUGGGGCUCACGGAGAUGCCGGUCACCAAAGUGGAGGAUGUCCUGCGUCUGAUUGAGCUCGGCAAUCGGGAGCGCACCUCGGGCCAGACCUCGGCCAACGCCAAGUCCUCGCGCUCGCACGCCGUCUUCCAGAUGGCCCUCCACCUGCCCGACUCCUGGGGUCCCUUCGGCAAGUGCUCCUUCGUGGACCUGGCCGGCAACGAGCGCGGAGCGGACACCCAGUCGGCGGACCGCCAGACGCGCAUCGAGGGCGCCGAGAUCAACAAGUCGCUGCUGGCCCUGAAGGAGUGCAUCCGCGCCCUCAGCCGCCAGUGCCACCAUCUGCCCUUCCGCGGCUCCAAGCUGACCCAGGUCCUACGCGACUCCUUCAUCGGCGGCAAGAAGAACCGCACCUGCAUGAUAGCGAUGAUCUCGCCGGCCCUGACCUGCGUGGAGAACACGCUGAACACCCUCCGCUACGCCGACCGGGUCAAGGAGCUGGUGGCCUGCAAGGACGACGACGGCCAGCCCGGAGACGGCCCAGACGCCGAUGACCAGGGACAGGGAACCCCCUCGGAGCCAGAGGUAUCCGAGGAGGAGCAGGACUUUGGCCACAUGCCCAGCCUCUCGCCGGAGCCGGCCAAAAGCUACUUCGUAGAGAGCACCAUGGGCGACCUGGAGUUCAGCCACUCGAUGACGGAGCUGGAGAACCGGCGGGAGAGCGCCCCCCACUCCACCCCCGACUCUGUGAACCUGGAGCAAGUGGCCGACCAGCACGGCUCCCUGGUAGACUAUCUGGAGGAUUUCGUGCGCAGGUUCCGGGGUGUGGAGACGGGCGACGAGUUCCCGGCCUUCCUACGAACGGCGGACGCCCACUUGACGGAGAUGUCCAACAUGGUGGCCCAAACCCGAGAGCUGGUGCUCAACUACAACGCCCAGCAGUUCAUAAAGGCCGUGAUGGUCGAGGGCGGCAUGGAGCUGGGCCCGGUGGACGGGCAGGACGAGGACGAGGACGACCUCGACAUCGAGCUAGAGGAUGACGAGGAGUACGAGCUGCGGAUGUGAGGACUCAUCCCAGGAACCAGCAUCAGCACCAGCUAUUCUGCAUAUUUAUUUUAUACCUCUCUUGCCUUGUCUCUUUUCUUUUACGAGUUUUGGGACUCCGAUUUCGAUUCGAUAAACAAGCAGUUAAUGAAAUUCAA